AUCAUCAUCAUCCUCAUCCCUCGACCUUCUCUCCUACUCUUUUCUCCUCCCCCAUCAUCUUUUUCAUCGCCUCUUAUCUCGACGACAUCCACGGAUUACCUGUACUCUGUAAAUCCGUCACUAGAGGCUCUCUGAGGGAAACUCUCAUCACAGUACGCUUUAGGUUGUACCCUCUCAGUACCUCGUACACUCGUACACUCACUAGGCUGCACUCUUCCGAGUCCCUGGAAACAUCUGGAAACCACUCUCCUUUUAUUUCCUUCCUCGCUCUAGGCUGUAUCUCAGCUGUAGGCGGCAGUUUCUCUGGUCCGACAGUGAAAACGCUCGUGCUGUAGUGUGAAGGAAACCAAAAAUCGAGGGCAAGAAACCAAAAAGAAAUCCCAAACACUUUGGACUGCUUAUAAGAAGAUAACGGGUGUCGAGAACAAGGCCCAUCUGUCGCAACUGAGAUUUAAUCUCCUUAGGAGCUUUCACAAAAUUUCUCCUAUUCCAAUCUCUCUCUCUCUCUCUUUGACAGAAAACUUUCUGCUCUUCGAAGUAGGCAACCAGUACUGGCCGUUUUACCGUUGCCUGUUGAUCAUCCUGGCAUCUAGAGGCCUGAGGAAAUCAGACAAAACCCAGUCGUGGUAACCUUGACUUGCCUCGGCUUUUUCACCGCCUUCACCUCACCAACUUUCUCUCACCGCCUUUCAACCUUACUGCCGCAACUUCUCACCACCAUCUACAUUAUUCAUACCCACGCCAUGUCUUCAGCUGUAGGCGAGCUGGAGAAUUAUCUCCAAUCCAUGCUGGCUUUGAAGCCUCCUGGUGUUUCGGGUACCAAGAUCCAGGGCAUCACCACACUGUGCACUGCCAAUGUCCAGAAUGAAUCCGUCUUGAUCCAAAAGAUCUACACCCACUUCAAGAAGGCCCCAGGCACCCACAAGCUUGGCGUACUCUACGUCGUAGACUCCGUAACCCGCCAAUGGGUAGAAGCUGCACGCAAAGCUGGUCAAUCCUCUGGCAGCGAUGCCCCCGAUGGAACAUUCGCCGCAGGAGUCAAUCGAGUGACUGAGCUUCUGCCUGUGCUGAUGACCGACAUCAUUAACAACGCCCCCAUGGAUCAAAAGGAGAAAAUCAAGAAGCUCAUCGACAUUUGGGAGCGUGGCGGCACCUUUCCCUCUGCCAUGCUCGGCUCAUUCCGAGACAAGCUGAACGCCCCUCCACAGAACGUGGAAUCAACCACUCCUGUCGGUUCUCCGGCUCCGGAUUACAUCCCCCUUGGAGGCCCACCUUCUCAGCCUAAGGCGCCCACCAACGGAUCUGCAGCGGCCCCAGAUACCUCAAGCAUUCUGAAGGCUCUGGCUGAUAUGGCCAAGCAAACCUCUGCAGCUCAGGCCAACCCUCUCGCUGCCCUGGCUGGUGCAGUUCCCCCACCGGUCUCAUCUGCCGACUCCUCAAUGCCGACAGCUGCGAACCCUUUCGCUGGUACCCCAAUGGGUGCUAACCCUUAUGCUGCUUUGGCUGGUCUGGCUCAGAACCCCGGCAUGCCUCCUCAGCCCCAGAGUCAGACUCACACCCCGAACCCUAUGGCGUCUGCUCCAAACCCAUUGGCCGCCAUGAUGGCGCAGCACAACGCCGGCGCUCCCGCUAUGCCUGAUGGCAAUGCUCUGUCCCAACAGCUUCAGCUGCUCCAGUUCCUGUCGACCCAAGGCAUCCCACAAGACCAAUGGGCGACCGCUCUCCAACUUCUCAACAUGUCCAACCCUAUGGGUGGUGUCAACCCGGCUGCUGCCCUCCCUGGCUUCCCCAUGAUGCCCGGACAGGGGCCUGCUCCAGGUGGCUGGGGUCAGCUUGAUGGCCAGAAUCGUGACGACCGUGAUCGCGAACGUGACUAUCCCCGUUCUCCAGGAGGCUAUCGCCGCCGCUCUCGCUCUCCAGGUUGGGACCGUCGCCGCACCGCUUCCCCGCCUCGUCGCCGCGACAGCCCCGUCUAUGGUGAAUACCACGGUGACUCCCCCGGCCGUCGGGGUGAUCCUCGCGAUGCCCGUGGAGGCCGUCGGGGUGCCAGUGAAUACCGCCAGCGCAGCCCACCUGGUGGUCGCCGCCGUCGCUCUCCCUCUCCCCAGCGCAAGGACCCGAACCUCCCUCCUCCCGGUCCCAAGCUCAUCGAGUGGGAUUACUCCAUCGGCCAGGGUAACAUCAAGGUUCUCAGCCGCACCCUGUUUGUCGGUGGUGUCACUUCCUCCGAGCAGCACCUGCGCUCCCUGUUUGGCCGAUUCGGCAUGGUCCAAACCUGCAUUGUCAACGUCGACAAGCGCCACGCCUUUAUCAAGAUGAUUAGCCGUCCCGAUGCGGUCGCUGCUCGCGAUGGCAUGGAGUCAUAUCGCCAGGCUGAGAUGCAGCUGCGCACACGCUGGGGUGUCGGCUUCGGUCCUCGCGACUGCAGCGACUACCAGACCGGUAUCAGUGUGAUCCCCAUUGAGCGGCUGACCGAGGCUGACCGCAAGUGGAUGCUGACCGCCGAGUAUGGUGGUACUGGUGGACGUCCCAUCGAGUCGGGUAUGGUCGUCGAAGAGCCGGAUAUUGAGAUUGGUGCGGGCGUUUCCUCCAAGGCUAUUAGCCGGCGCAUCGCAACCGACACCGGCGGCAAGCGGGGACCUAUCUCCACGCGCGGCGGCCCCGAACAGGGACCCCCUCAGCAGCGUUUCGGCGGCGGUGGCCGCGGCCGUUCCGACCGUGAUGGCUACGGUGGUCAUUCUCAGGGAGGUCAGGGUCAGGACCAGCACGACAUGUCUGCUGCAGGCAACCCGGGCGUUCCCCCCGCCGUUCCAGCCUAUGGCUUCAACUUCCCCGGUAUGCCCGCUAUGCCCUUCCUCCCACCGGGCUACAUGAUGGGCAAUGCUCAGACCCCCUCGAGCCAACCCCCACCUCCUGGACAGGGUAACUAGAUGACAAACGGCCAUCUAGUUGGUACCUGCACAUGGAGCACUUUCAUCCCAUCUUCUUUUUUUCUUUUUCCUUUCCCUCGAUUUGUGCAUUUCCAUUCUAUCACCAUGUCUUUAUUCCACACUCUUGCAUCUGGCAGCCCUCGGAUAUAGCGGCGUCCCGGUACGGAUGGGACUGGGUGAAAAAGGGAGGGCAGUCAGUCGGCGUUCUUAGGUUGGAAUCGGUUGAGCUUAGGAGGGCGGCUUUUUAUUUUCCGUUGUAACCCUUUCAUUGAUCCUCGUUGAGGUAUCUUGGGGUUUUUAGUUUUUCUUGGUUGCACUUUUUCUCAUAGGUAGCGGUGACUGUUCCUUGAUAGGGGUAGUCUGGGAAAGGACUCAAGGGUCCAUUCCUGUAUCUAAUCUCGCUUCCUUAUCCUGUAAUCCUUCAUUUUGAUCUUUUUCGUUUGACUUGGUUUUAUUUUCCUUAGUCUUCGCUAUCAUUUUCUCUUUGUUCUACUUUGUAGUGCUUGCAUAUUGGCAUGGCCAUUGUGGCUGCCAGGCAAAAUUCUUGGAGCGAGGCUUUGGUGUGCCGAAGUUUUGAGCCAUGCGUAUUGCGAGGAUUUACCUUAUCGUCUCAUUUAGUAUUUUCCCUUAUCCAUAGUAG